UUUCUCUUAAAAGAGAGAUUUCAGUUCCCGAACGCCCAGAUUGUUGCAAAACGAAAUCCAAGUCGAAGAGAGAGACAAGAGCGUGAGAGAGAAACACUACCAAGGUUUUUGUUCAAAAAUGGCGAGCAUGGGUCCGAACGAUGAAGUUGUUUCCUUGGAGCUCCCUGCACCUUCUGGCUGGAAGAAGAUGUUUUUGCCAAAGAAAGCUGGAACACCAAAGAAGAAUGAGAUUGUGUUCACUUCACCAACAGGGGAAGAGAUCACAAACAGGAGACAGCUGGAUAAGUACUUAAAAGCCCACCCUGGUGGGCCCAAGGCCUCAGACUUUGACUGGGGAACUGGUGAAACACCAAGGAGGUCUUCAAGAAUCAGUGAGAAGGUCAAGGAAAGUCCACCACUAGCUGAGCCUGUUCCCAAACGCGCCAAAAAGUCUUCUUCUGCUUCAAAGAAGGACAAGAAAGACAAAAAUGCCCCUCAAUCUGAAGAAGAAACUGCAGAUGUUGAAAUGCAGGAAGCAGAGGAAAAGAAAGAAGAGGCUCCUCCUGAAAAGGCUGUAGCGGAAGAUAACGAGAAACAAGAGAAAGACGAAAAUGCCCCUGUGGAGGACAAAGAAAGUGAGACGGACAAGAAUGCCCCUGUGGUUGAAGAGAAGGAAAAAGAUGCCCCCCCUGAAAACUCUGUAGUGGAAGAGGAUGACAAAAGUGCCCCUGAAAUCCCAAUCGUGGAAGAGAAACAAGAGGAGAAAAAUGCACCUGAAAGUGAAAAUCCCAUAGUGGAAGACAAUGAGAAACAAGAGAAGGACAAAAAUGCCCCUGAAGACCCCAUAGUGGAAGAGAAACAAGAAGAGGAGGAGAAAACCGCCCCUGAAAGUGAAAACCCCGUAGUGGAAGAAAAUGAGAAACAAGUGAAGGACAGUAUUGCCCCUGUGGAAACUGAGAAGGAUGAUGAUAAACAUGAGGUAGAAAGUAAGGUUGAUGAGUUGUGUGAAAUUCCAAAAAUGCCCCCAUCCGAGGAAGAACUAAAAGAGAAAGCUGCUGAUGUGAAUGUGAUCGAGGCGAAUGAUAACAACAAUGGAGAAGCCAUGGUUGCAGAAUAUCAAGAUAAGGUUGAGAAUGAUGUUGCAAAAGGAGAAACAAUCCAAGAGAAGGCAGAGGAAGGGCAAAAAGGUAAUUUUGGUAUGAGUGGUGCAGAUAAAGAGAAAGAAACAGCAGCAGUGGAGAACGGUUGUCAUGUGGAUGCUGAGCCAUGGUAAAAGAUAGGGGGCAAAAGGGUAACUUGUGAAGUUUGGUUGUUUCUGUGAGUCUUGACACUUAGAAUGUUGUCUAUCUGUAUGUUGUUUUUUUUUUUUUUUUUUUUUUUUUUUUUUUCUUACAACAGUUGAUAAAAAGACAUUGUGGGUAUGUAUAACGUGGGCAUAGUGUUAGGGGUCGUUAGUCGACUUCAUAUGUUGUCUUUUACAUAUAUCUAUCUAUCUAUUUGUCUAUGUAUGUGAUAGGAUUUGUGACUUUUGGUUGAUGUUGUUGCAUUUAGGGGGAAUUGUAGGUUGCAGGAUGUCAUACUUGUAACAUUAUGUAAUAAGUAAUCCUUCACAUUCCCAUC